GGAGGGGGGAGGGGAGGAGGAGGGGGAGAAAGGUGCGCUGGAUCGAGUCCAUCCUCUGCCCUCUGCCUUCUUUCUACUCACCAUCCAGUGUUGAGCAGUGGCGAUGGCAGCGGCUAUUGCCAGUUCUCUGAUCCGCCAGAAAAGACAGGCUCGAGAGCAUCACUUAGAUCGACCCGUCGCCACCAAACGUAUCAACAGUCCCCACAAGAAGAAGGGGGGGGCCUGCAAUGGAAACCUGGUGGACAUCUUUUCCAAAGUCAGGAUCUUUGGGAUGAAAAAGAGGAGGUUAAGGAGACCAGAUCCCCAGCUGAAGGGUAUAGUGACCAGGUUAUAUUGCAGGCAAGGGUUCUACUUGCAAAUGCACCCCGAUGGAGCUGUUGAUGGAACCAAGGAUGACAGCACCAAUUCCACAUUGUUCAACCUUGUGCCAGUGGGACUCAGAGUCGUUGCCAUUCAGGGCGUGAAGUCAGGGUUGUACGUGGCCAUGAAUGGUGAAGGAUACCUUUACACAUCAGAACUUUUUACACCUGAAUGCAAGUUUAAGGAAUCCGUAUAUGAAAACUACUAUGUGAUCUAUUCAUCAAUGCUAUACAGACAGCAAGAAUCUGGUAGGGCUUGGUACCUGGGUUUCAACAAAGAAGGACAGAUCAUGAAGGGAAACCGUGUGAAGAAAACCAAACCAGCUGCUCAUUUUCUGCCUAAACCAUUGGAAGUUACCAUGUACCGAGAACCAUCACUGCACGAAAUUGGAGAAACAGUACCGAAACCUGGAACCACCCCAAGUAAAAGCACAAGCGCUUCUGCAAUAAUGAACGGAGGUAAACAAGUAAAAAAGAACAAAUCAACAUAGCCAGAUCUUGGUGAGGACGUGAAUUCCUAAACCAUUACACUGUUGAGUGAUUUAUCCCUGGCAGACUCUCACCUUCUAAUGUCUGUGGAUCAGGUAAAGCAAGUGAACCCUUGUUCAUUGCAGUCUUUGGACUAUUUAAUUGCAAGUGGAUAAAUCCCAACAAGUAGCUACUUCUACAACAAGAAGAAUCCUGGAUAACCAGCUAAACUCUGACCAUGGAAUGCCCUACCAAGAUAAUGGAAUGCCUUUUAUCUUUUUCUUGUUAACUGUGACACUCCGUGAGAAUGAUGUAUUCCACAACUACAUUUGGUACAUUGCCUGCUAAACACAUACCCAAGAGUCUCUUUUUUGAAUCUGAUCCCAGAGAAGUUCAUGUGUUUCAGACCUGUCAAUUUGUAACACAGCAAACAGCAGUGGAUUCCCGGAUCAUCUCUGUCAGGAUGCUGUAAAUCUCUGCUCCUUCAGACUCAGUCUCUUCCUCCUUUUUACAUGGCUGCUCUAUGCACUGUCCUAACCUUUUGCAGGGACUGUGUGUGUGGGUGUGUUGCGUGUGUGUAUGUGUGAGCG